AAUUAAAAGGUUGGCAAAACACAAUAAAACAGAAACGAAAAAGUAAUAAAAUUCUGGGUUGGUUUACUGUGGCAGCUUCUUCCAUGCUUUUGCCACUCCCAUCUACCUGAUCGGAUCUGCAACCAAAACCCUACCUUUCUUUCCUUUCCUCUCUUUCCUUCGAUUCAUUCCUUUCGUUUUAUUCAUCGAUAAAGUGUGAUUCGAUCUGUGAUUGCAACAAUGGCUUACGCAUCUCAUCUUCUCAAUCAUUCUCGAAAGUUGAGAAUUGCUUCGAACUUGGUACACCAUGACCCUGCCCUUUUGGUUCGUUGGUUUUCCAGCGAUGCUCAAACCUCUAUCAACAGAAAAAGCGAUUUGUGGAAAAUGCGGUCCCAGGGUUAUAUAACUUCAACAAGAAACACUGUCUCUGGAACAGUCCCGAAUUUCACUAAGAGAAACCUCUCUGUGGCUACCAUGAAAAUGGAUUCCAUUGGUGGAUCCUUGUUUAAUGGAGGGAUUUCACGAGGUUCACACGUCCAGAGAAGGAGAGGUUAUGCAUCAGCAGCAGAUCUCCCUCCACAUCAGGAAAUUGGAAUGCCUUCUCUCUCACCAACAAUGACAGAGGGUAACAUUGCUAGAUGGUUGAAGAAAGAAGGUGAUAAAGUCUCCCCAGGUGAAGUGCUCUGUGAAGUUGAAACUGAUAAAGCUACUGUUGAAAUGGAAUGCAUGGAGGAAGGUUAUCUUGCAAAAAUAAUACGUGGGGAUGGGGCAAAAGAAAUUAAAGUUGGUGAGGUAAUCGCUAUAACUGUUGAAGAAGAGGGGGAUAUUGCGAAGUUUAAAGAUUACCAACCUUCAGCAUCAGAGCCUGCUACUGCUGCCCCUAAAGAAAAAUCUGCUGCUCCUCCACCAAAGAAACAGGCGGUUGAGGAACCUACCCGAGAACCUGAGCCAAAGGUUUCCAAACCUAGUGCACCACCACCUUCAGGAGAUCGCAUUUUUGCUAGUCCUCUGGCUAGAAAGUUGGCUGAAGAGAAAAAUGUACCACUCUCAAGCAUUAAAGGAACAGGACCAGAAGGGCUCAUUGUCAAGGGUGACAUUGAUGAUUACUUGGCUUCUGGGGCUAAAGAAGUUUCAGCACCAUCAAGGGCAAAGGUUGCAACAGAUGCAGCAUUGGAUUAUACCGAUAUUCCUAUCUCUCAGAUAAGGAAGAUCACAGCUUCCCGUCUAUUAUUGUCAAAACAAACUAUUCCUCAUUACUAUCUGACAGUAGAUACAUGUGUUGACAAACUCAUGAGUUUGAGGACCAAACUCAAUUCAUUGCAAGAAGCCUCCGGUGGAGCCCGGAUAUCAGUUAAUGACCUUGUCAUCAAGGCUGCUGCUUUGGCUCUACGUAAAGUUCCUCAAUGUAACAGUUCAUGGACAGAUGAUUAUAUUCGCCAGUAUCAUAAUGUGAACAUUAAUGUUGCAGUGCAGACUGAUCAUGGAUUAUUUGUUCCAGUCAUCAGGGAUGCAGACAAGAAAGGCCUCUCUGCAAUUGGUGAAGAGGUCAAACAAUUGGCAAAGAAAGCCAAAGAAAACAGCUUGAAACCCCAAGAUUACGAGGGAGGAACAUUUACAGUGUCUAACCUGGGAGGGCCAUUUGGUGUCAAGCAGUUCUGUGCAAUCAUCAAUCCUCCUCAAGCAGGCAUUCUUGCAGUUGGAUCUGCUGAGAAGAGAGUUGUACCGGGUUCAGGUCCUGAAGAGUUCAAGUUUGCUUCCUUCAUGGCUGUGACUCUUAGCUGUGAUCAUCGCGUAAUAGACGGUGCAAUUGGUGCUGAAUGGUUAAAAGCAUUCAAGGGCUAUAUUGAAAAUCCAGAGUCCAUGUUGUUGUAAGAAUAAACCGGAGGCUUCCAUGACUCUUCCUUUCAAGUGAUAUUUUUUAGGCGGGGGAUGAGAUUUGUUCACCUCGGUAUCUCCAUAUUCCCAUUUUGGGUUUGGUUGAUUGUAUCCUUGACCAAUUUUUUAUGUCCUUACUCAGUAAAGAUAUAUUUCUUUACAUCCUUUGUAUCUAUCUAUUAAUAAAUGAGGGUAGAUGAGGCAUUUAAAUUUAUACCCUAAAAUUUUGCCGCCAGAAGAGGUUGCUGCCAUAAGGGCCCUAUGAGCAUUUAACAUUUUCUUGUUAGAUGGUGUGAAUAAUUGAAAGAAAGUUUAUUGAA